UUAUUUUUAUUCAAAAUAGAUGCGCAUGCGUUAAUGUUAUUACUAAUCCGCUAUGACUAUCAAUUUGGUUUCAUUAUGCACUUAUCAGAUAUCUUCACAAAAUAAAUAAAAGACCGGGCACAAUAUCGGGGGCAUCAGGAAGGGAAGUGGUUGGAUCGAUGAUCCCCGCCUUGUCUAUAAUCUGUGCCUCCCCCAUAGCAGCUAACCGUACUUUUGAAAAUUGAUUGUCAACAAUCACCACACACGCACACAAUCACUUCAAUAAAAUCCGGUUUUACAAGGGUAUCACACGUAAUCCCGUCGUGACUCGUCACUGGUAGACUCAAAUUGUUACUUGUGCAAAUAUGGCAGUGGACAUGUCUUCUCCAAAAGCAAAAGAAGUACAAGAACUCAUCAAGAGUGACAAGGUGGUUAUCUUUUCAAAGACAUAUUGCCCUUAUUGCAAACUGGCUAAAGAGGUUUUUGAAAAGAUCAAAGAGAAAUACACUGUUAUAGAAUUGGAUAAAAGGGAUGAUGGAGAAGAGAUUCAGCAAAUUCUAGGGGAAAUAACGGGUGCAAAAACAGUUCCCCGUGUAUUUGUCAGAGAAAAUUGCUUGGGUGGUGGUUCAGAUGUAAAACAGCUGUACGAAAAGGGGGAGCUACAAAACAUGGUGGCGUGAGAAAUAUUCUUCUAAAAUAGUUCAAAUUUUAUUGUGAUUUUUUAUUAAUGUUCAUAAACAAAAUGUUGUACAAACGAAUAAAUUGAAGGCCUUGGCGUUUUUCGUUUAAAAGAACAAAUA